AUGGGAGGCCGCCCCCGCCGCUCGUUACUGCAGCUGCCCCGCACAGCCAUGCAGUCUGUCUCCACCUUCAUGGUCUCCACCCUGCAGAAAUGCAUCUGGAAGUCACAGGUGAGUUCUAGCUCCGUUUCCUCCCAGUUGCAGCCCUCGUCCCCCUUGGGGUCGAAGGAGGCGGAGAUGCUGCGGGAAGUGUACCUGGUGCUCUGGGCCAUCCGGAAGCAGCUGCGUCAGCUAGCACAGCGACAAGAGCAGCGGCGCCAGCGCCACCUCUGGGCCCUGGCCAACGCCCCGCCAGCAGAGCCCGCGGCGGUUCAGACGCCCAAACAGGACGCUCGGAGCCCCCUUUAGGAGGGAAGCCCCGCAUCCUCGGAGUGCCCCCAUCUCAUACUUUGGGAAGGACUUUAGAGGCCAGGGCAGCGGUCCGGAGUUGAGUGAGUUUUAAAUGGCUUCAGUGCUCAUCGCCUCCAGUUCCCAGCCAGGUGGGGGUCCUACAGACUCACACCUCCAUCGUUUAUUAACUUUGUAAAAAAACGCAAAUUGUCAGAUAUUGGG